AUAAAUUUUUAUCAACGCUUGUUGCUGACCCAUGAAUUUUGUCAAAUAAAAUGUGGGAAAACAACUACAAAAACAUGAAUUUUGUAAUUGAUACAACUUUACACAUAUCUCCUACCUUUGAUGCUCUUUUAUUUCUUUAGGAGCACGCAUAAGAAUCGUAUCAUUAACUAUUUCAAUCGAUACUUCUUUCGCAUCUGCUUCAGGCGGUAUUAAGAAGUUUAUGUUUCUAACAUUCGAUAUUUCUUCUGAACUAUGCAAUUUUAUGUUCAACAUAUUUUCAGUAGCUAGUGUUGCUGUUCCUACUUUUAAUCCUUCUAUCUUCAUUUCUGCCUGUAAGUGGGUAAUGACACAUUAACAAGUACAUCGGUUGAACCAUUUAAAACAGGCAUACAGCGUAAUAUUCUUUAUCAUCAAGAACGUAAAAGUUCGGAAUCUUUACGAAAUUGAAGCUCAUCUUAUGCCCAUUCAUCAUCUCAAAGUUCAUAUAAUCAUUUUGCUUUAAGGUGACUGAGUUUUCUCGACAAUGAUGCGGUAGUUUAUCCAUAGUCGUCUAACGUAUGUAAGAAGUUACGAAAAUUUGAUCUAAAUCAUUUUUCACUGGUUAGUUACACGAAGUUAACAGAAAUAUCAACAUCGAACGCUCGUCUUUUAUCUUGUCGAAUUUGUCACUUCGAUUGCUCAUAGCUUCAUAAGAGAAAGGAGCCGUGAGCACGAGCAUCCUGUUUACAUUGUCCACAAUGGCUCGAACCUUCGCGUUAUCGAUACCUUCUGGUAUUAAUAAAUUCUCGCAAUGUUUCAUAAUUCUUUUGAUCAAAUUGCCAAAAAUUGAUCUCUCGCUGAUAUCUGGCAACUGUUUCGCGAAUUGUUCCUCUAAAGGCUUCGACAUGUUUACGCGAAGAUUAUUUCCCUUUACUGUUAUUUUAAUUGAAGACAAGUCUACUUCUGGUCCCAACAAUAUUUUCGUCUAUAACACCAUAUUGAUAAAUGUGUCGUUGAUUUAAUUUAAUUUCAAUUGAUUUAAAAAUUCUAAUUUUACGAAUGGCAUAUUUAAACCUCGUAAACGUUGUCUGGUCGAAUUCCACUGGACACAAUUUGCGUUACAUAAUUGGUUUCCAUUGGUUUUCCGGGAACCUUGGUCAACUCCUGCUUGGCCUUGCUUCCGACCGAGCUCGACAUUUUGAGAAAAUCGAGCGAGGUUGAACAUUUAGGACAGUGUUUACUAUCAACUGUUACAUCUCCGUCAUACUUUAAGCAUUGACUUUUCUUUGUAUCCAUCUUUCAGACAUUUUGAAGAAACACAUUGUCAUCGCAUCGAACUCGCGCCUAUGAAAGACAGUUCGAACAAUGCAUCGAGAAAUGUGACAAACAAUUUUCCACGAUAUCGUCGAUCGGAUUUUAUCGAAUGAUAAAAUUCGCAGAUUAAAAUACGAUCUGAAGCGAUACUGAAGGUUUACCUGUCAAUUUGGAAAGCGUGCCCAACUGACAUGCGAGAAUCAAUGGAUAACAAAAGAGCAUGGACACGUUCCGUUUUAUGUUGCGAAAUUUCAACAAUAUUUUUCUUUCAAAAACUAUCGUCGAUAGAAUCUUGAAACACAAGAGGAAAGUAUCUUUUCAAAUUCCCUUUGACUCUGUUGCGAUUCUUGAAUUUUUAUAUUUCAAGAUCUUUGACUUAAUUCGGCAAAACAAUUUCUUAGUAUCUUACAAAAAUUUUAACACGGUAGUUUAGUCUAACAAUCAUUUUACUACGUUUUGAGAAAUUUCCACAUUUGAACGACAGAACGUUUCAUUUCAUUAAGGAAAUAUAUAUCGAGGGAUGAGAUUUCAUACGCAAAUUUCCAUUGAUAAUAGCUUUCGAGAAUUGAAGUAUUCGUUAAAAACACACAAAUUGAAAUUCCAAAGAACGCAACAGGGUUAAUUCCGAUUUCAAUGAAAAUCCGAUUUUUAUUCUAAUUCCUGCAAUAAUACGACAGGAUUGAUAUCGAGGCUAAAUUGGUCGUGGAGCUGAUAGAGAAUGGCUGUGUAAUUUCGACCAACGAAUGCCCCGUUUAAUUUCAUCAUCGCGGUUAAUUGCGGUCUGCUGAUCGAACGAAAUAUAUAAUCGACGGAAGUUUGGGAGGUUCGAGUGCGAACGCAUGAGAGAGACCAGCAUGGUUCCAACCUUGUACAAGCAGCCAGUUUGUUUAACAUUCAUGUCUGCAUUGUUUGAAACGCCUGCGCGAAUUUCCUCGGGAAUGGACGUGGGUGGUAGGGGUAGCGCGGGAUUCAGGGUCGAAAUUGCACGGUGGUUGAAAAGCAUCGGACAUCAGUCGAGGACAGGCGGUCUCGCGUUUAAGUGGUCUAUCAAUUCCAUGUCGCCUUUGGUCCUGUUCUUUCAUUACGGAGUUCUGGCCAUCAUUUUCGGGAACGGUUUUGGGGAUGAACACGAGUACAGACUGACGAAAUAUCUGCUCGAUGGGUACGACGCCGGUGUACGACCAGCUAAAAAUUCCUCCCAGCCGUUGACAGUCGUCUUUGGCCUUUCUCUUCAUCACAUAAUCGACGUGGACGAGAAGAACCAGAUACUGACAACCAACUGUUGGGUGACGCAGAUCUGGACCGACCAUCAUCUGAAAUGGAACGCCUCGGAAUUCGCUGGAAUUCAAGUGAUCCGCGUUCCUUACAAUCGCGUCUGGAGGCCAGAUACGAUCUUGUACAACAACGCCGAUCCACAGUACAGCUCGGCGGUCAUCAAUACGAACGUGAUAGUCAGUCACACGGGCGAGGUGGUGUGGUUAAGCCACGGGAUAUUUCGCAGCAGCUGCGACAUCAACGUGGAGUUCUUCCCUUUCGACGAGCAACGCUGCGUCCUGAAAUGGGCAUCCUGGACGUACGAUGGAUACCAACUGGAGCUGGAGAGGCAAAACGAGCAGGGGGACAUGAGCAAUUACCAAGCAAACGGUGAAUUCGAUCUGGUCGAUUUCUCAGCGAGAAGGAACGUCGAGUACUACUCCUGUUGUUCGGAACCGUAUCCAGACAUUACCUACGAGAUACGGCUACGACGUCGACCGACAUUUUACGUCUUCAACUUGAUCCUUCCGUGUAUACUGAUCAACAGCGUCGCCCUGUUGGUAUUCUACGUGCCGUCUGAAUCGGGGGAAAAAGUCACCCUGGGGAUUUCGGCGCUUCUCUCUAUGACGGUCUUCCUAAUGACUAUUCGCGAGACACUGCCGCCCACGGAGAAAACACCGUUGAUAAGUCUUUAUUACGGUGUCAGCAUAUGCCUGGUAACGUUCGCUUCAGGAUUAGCAGUGGUCACCUUGAAUCUUCAUCAUCGUGGGGUUCAAGGUACCAGAGUGCCCGGUAUCGUUCGAUCGUUGGUUUUGGACAAGCUCGCCAGGAUAGUGUUUCUUAAUUUCCAGGAAGAAAAAAGAUCGGAACCAGUCGAGCCGCCCAGAAGAAAAAACAAUUGUCCACUGCACUGCAAACCGGAGUUAGCCCAGUCGCAGUCGUCGCCCAAGUUCGUGAGCAGGCGAGAGGAAAGUAACAGCAGCAGCCCUAGUUUAGAUCUUGGAAAAGAGAGCAGCCUGGAAGCUCAGUGGUUGCGCGUACUAGGAAGAGUGCACGCGACGAUCGAGAGGAAUGAAAAGCGACUAGCGGAGCAGGAUCGUCGGGAACGAAUGGAAUUAGAUUGGAAACAAGUCGCAUUGGUCAGCGAUCGAGCGCUACUUUGCGUUUUUUUCUUGACAACGAUCGUCAGCACCACCGUCAUCCUCUGUGGCUCUCCACCGACCACGAACAUCGCCAAAGAGGGUUAGAUACGAGAGGGAAAUUGAGUUAACCGGGCACGAGAUUCGAGUAACUUCGUUUCGAAUAAGAUCGAUGGAUUAGGUACCGAGCAUUGGUAAUUAUAAGUAAUCUUUAGAGAUAAGAUGUAUAUCGUUCGUCUACUGAAGAUAAACUGCUGUGAAAAUAAAUUUUUCCGUUUUGUGACAA